AUGAAUUGAAUCUAGUUGGUAACGGUCGUUCUCUUAGUCGGAUUGAUUACAUUCGUCAAAAGAUUGACAGUGCAUCCAAAUCCAAAUGCCAAGGACCAAGCGCAACAAAAUGACGGGUAGUUCGAUGAAGGAACGCGAUACGGCGAUAAAGACCUUCGAGAAACGCGUACAGCUCUGUAUCUCUAAGAUGGAACGCGACGCAAUGGCAGAUUUAAAGACCUUCACGACCUGUAUCGACGUUAUAAUUUCCCGCUUACCAAACGACAUUCGUCAAAUGAAAUUGGGCGAGUUAAUAGAUAGGCAGGAUCAUGACAAUGAUAAAGAGAAUUGCAAUAAUGAGGUAAGUUCAUCGGUCAAUGAUCCUCGUAUGCAACCACCAGCCAUUCCCAAAGUAAGAAGAGGGAAAGCUGUUAAACGUACAGCUGCAUCUGACGAUGGAUACGCGACCGGAGGUACUAGCGUAGGUAGUAUGUCACGGGUCGCUAAAGUACUGACUAAAGCUACACCGGCUAAGAAAACACGUUCAACUAGAGCAAGCAAAGCCAAACUCAGUGAAAUUAAUCAGUCGAUGACACCAGCAAUGUCAAAGCCCCUAAACAAUGUAUAUGGUGUGGUUACGCCAAAAGUCAAACCUAACACACCAUUGAAUGUAUUAAGGCGUCCACGUCAAGGAGAAAUGGUUCUCAGCAUGCAAGGCAGUCCACUCUUGGUUUCUGCUGUCGUCGAGGAAAAAACUGCUAAUAUUAAUGUACCUUUGAGUAAUGGUAAUGUAAUGUCCUUGUUACCACAAGAAGGAUUACGCAUGUCGAAUAUUCCUCAACUGGAUCCAGAAACAAUGCAUCAAUUGGAGACUCUUAAGAAUCACAUCGAAAAAGUUAUUGCGAUGAAAUAGUAAUUACUCAAUGCGAUAACUUAUGACGAGUGAUGAGAAGUACAUUUGUGUAUAUAUAACGAAUUAUAUUAUAGGUUUUAUUAAUUUUAUACUUUCAUAUAUAUAUAUAUAUAGUUAUCCUUGUGCAUGAGACAAUAAGAUUGUGUAUCGCUGACGAGAUACUAUUAAAAACGGCUGGCUACAUUUUUGUGACUAUAUCACUAGAGUGCUAGAGGUCUCGGGAUAAUUAAAAAACGAUAUUGUCUAC